UGCUUGGAAAGAGAGGCGUCUGCAAGAAUGCUCUGGAGUCUGGGGCGCCUCUACGGUACUUACCGUACCCCCAUAAUCCGCUGCCCAACGCACAGCCUGGGCGUGAAAGCACGCGUUGCAUCUUGACAGCUCUGACGGCUGCACAGGUAGGCUCGAAGCCGAAGAUUUACCUCGAGGUGUGCUGCUGCUAAAAGUGGGGUGUGGUCUUUUUUGCACCUCAAGGCCACAGCAUAAUGGGCAAUGCUUGCGCAAAGGGCGGCGACCGCUCCGACGCGCACGAGCAGAAGGUGGACAAAAAGGCCAAGCCCCAGGUCAACGGGGCUCCUGCCCAGACGGGGACCACCGCUCCCAUGGCUGUCGGUACUGCUGUGCAGCCAGGGGGCGCCCACCCGGUGCGGCCCGCGCGGCCGGCUCCGCUGUCCAUUCACAGUGUGCUGGGCAGGCCGACCGAGGACGUGAAGACUAAGUACACAAUUGGCAAAGAACUGGGACGCGGGCAAUUUGGGGUGACGCAUCUGUGCGUGGACCGCGAGACAGGGGCGCAGUACGCAUGCAAGUCAAUUGCCAAGCGCAAGCUGCAGAGCAAGGAGGACAUUGAGGACGUGCGGCGUGAGGUGUCGAUCAUGCACCAUCUCAAGGGCCACAACAACAUUGUGCAGCUGUUUGGGGCCUACGAGGACAAGCACGCUGUGCACCUGGUGAUGGAGGUCUGUGCAGGAGGUGAGUUGUUUGACCGCAUCAUUGCCAAGGGCCACUACACGGAGAAGCAGGCUGCGGCCACGCUGCGCAUCAUUGUGGGGGUGGUCCAGGCGUGCCACUCCCUGGGGGUCAUGCACCGUGACCUCAAGCCCGAGAACUUCCUUCUGGCGGACAAGUCCGAGGAUGCGGCGCUCAAGGCCACUGACUUCGGCCUCUCCGUGUACUUCAGGCCAGGCGAGAAGUUCUCUGACAUUGUGGGGAGUGCAUACUACGUCGCCCCCGAGGUGCUGCGGAGGAACUACGGGCCUGAGGCGGACGUGUGGAGUUGCGGAGUCAUCCUGUACAUCCUGUUGUGCGGAGUGCCGCCCUUCUGGGCAGAGACGGAGCAGGGCAUCUUUGACGCGGUGCUGCGCGGCACCAUCGAUUUCCAGUCCGACCCAUGGCCGCGCAUCUCCCCCUCCGCCAAGGACCUCGUCAAGCGCAUGCUGCGCCAGGACCCCAAGGAGCGCCUUACCGCCCACCAAGUGCUCACCCACCCGUGGGCGCGCGUGGACGGAGACGCUCCCGACAAACCAUUGGACAACGCGGUGCUGACACGCCUCAAGAAGUUCUCGGCCAUGAACAAGGUCAAGAAGGUGGCGCUCAAGAUCAUUGCGAACUCGUUGUCGGAGGAGGAGAUCAGCGGGCUGCGCGCCAUGUUCCAGAGCCUGGACACGGACAACAGCGGGGCCAUCACGUUCGAGGAGCUCAAGACGGGCCUCAAGAAGCUGGGCAGCAACCUCGCCGAGGAGGAGGUCCGCAAGCUCAUGGAGGCGGCGGAUGCGGACAACAGCGGAACGCUGGAUUACCAGGAGUUUGUGGCGGCCACCAUGGCAGCAUCAAAAGCGAUCGAAGAUGACAAGCUGGUUGCGGCGUUCGCUGCCAUUGACGCGGACGGGGACGGCGAGAUUACGGUGGACGAGUUGGAGGCGGUCCUGGUGAGGAACGGCAUGGCGGAUCACGAGAAGGUGGCUGACAUCGUCAAGGAGAUCGACACCAACAACGACGGCAAGAUUGAUUACGAGGAGUUUGUUGCCAUGAUGCGGCAAGAAGCUGUUGACAAAGGGCCGAGCGUAAGGCAACGACGGGUCCGUUAGUCCACCAGCUCUUUCAGCAUAUCCUCCAAACAAACAGAAGACCCGCUUUUUGCUAAGUUGCAAGCAGUGUCGCUGUUGGGACAGCCAGAUGUCGGCCGAGUGCCUGCUGGUCUCACUCCUCAGACUUCGCGACGACAGUGCAAGUGCUCAACUGUGCCAGGAUAGCACGGAGUCGAGUCGACCACUUUUUGAUUCUACAAACUUUUAAGCAGAAGAGGACUUGAAGUGCUCGCAGUGCUGAAGAUAGAAGCAAUGCAAAGAUGGCGGACUUAGCGGUUGCACUUUCCUACUAUACAUACAGAGACAAUUGAAGUGCGGUUCAGGUACGUUCUACUUAGACAAGUUGGGAGUCUGGACUUUCAGCGCCCUUCAAUGUAGCGCUUGGAGAUGCACACUUACUCCAGGCGUUUGUCCAAUCAAGUCAAACUUUUACAAUCAAGUACAAUUGAUCACUCUGUUGGAUCUGCAAAAGCAAAGACAAGGCCUUUAGUCUCAUCUUCGAGAAGAAAACAAGUCUUCUCACAACAAUCCCAUUGACACCAUAGCGAACUCCAGUCAAGUUUGUUGGCCUCUCAUGUGUACACACUGUCUAGUUAGUAAAGCUUGAAGUGCAGCAGAUUGACAUGACCCCG